AUGAAAAACAAGCAGUCAUCACUUAUUCUGAUAAUUUUGGUGGAAAUAGAAACAUGGCAAGUUGUUUUUAAGAUCCCAGCUGGUAAGCGACCAACAGGAUACAACAGUAUAAUGGAUUUCUGGAAAUCGUCUGUAGCAUACAAUGAUGGCAAUGUUCAUGCAAUGAAUGAUUUCUCGUCUUCUAGUGAAAUCUACAAAUCCAGUAUUUUGAAUGAUUGGGCCUUACAAAGUAUAUCGGCCGUUAGAUUAUCAGCUUAUAAAAACAACCAAGAACAGGGCUUCGUCGUAUUUGAUGCAAUGGGAAAAGGAAAGAACGACUGGAUGGAUUGCGGAAACAUUCUAGAUUCAUCUUGGACAGAUAUAACAUCAAAAGGAAAAAACUUUUGUGCAUUCGAACCCAAUUCAGGUAAUACUUAUAAGCGGCAGGUAUUCAUCAAUGAAUAUUACAAUGGCUGCAGUGACGAUGUAGGAUGGUUCAUAUUGAAAGAUUAUGACGCUACACAGGGCUGUUCAAGUUGGGAUGUUACUACAGAUACGCCAUAUUGUUACUUCUCUGGAGAUUCAACAAAUAUCAACUGGGAAAGUGGUAAUCGACAGAAAGCUGACUCGUUUGUAGUAUCUGUCCUUGCAUGGGAUAUGGUUUUCAAAGGAGCAGAAGGUGUAUUGCCAACUCAAGGAUCUCUUGUAAACCUGUGGACGGGUUCAGACUUAGUAAAUGACGGCAAUGUUGCAGCGCAGUCUCUCACAUGGGCUCCAGGAUUGGUGUACAAAUCUCGGGUUGUAGAGAAUUGGGAAAGCUAUCCUGGAUUCUUUAUUGAAAGUGUAAAAUAUGCUUACUACACCUCAGGUUUAGAAGUGGCUUACACAGUUUUUGACGCCAGAAAUACCGACAAGAACGGAUGGUUUGACAUCAGUAACAUACUGUAUUCGUGUUAUAGUGAUAUUCUGUCAUACAGUACUAUGGUGGGAUCCAGUAUUGUAGGCGAUGGUACACGAAGUUUUGCUCUUCAUAAGGAAUGGGGAGGUUGUCCGAAUGACAAAGCCUGGAUGGAAAUUCUAGAUGAUCCAAACGGGCCCCAACAUUGUAGUUGGGACAAGAACGUGAGAACCAGACCAUACUUCUUGUAUAGUAAUACUGGCCAGUGGGCCCUAUGCCAGGCCAAUAAUGCAUGGAAUCAAAACCAGUUUCCGUCUGCCGAGGUGUUGGCUGUAUUUGUAAAAGGAUGGAAAAUGGUGAUGAAAGUUGCUCACGGCCAAUCUUUAGGAGGUGCUAGUGGUGUGCACGAUUUAUGGACUGGCACAUACACGAUGAAUGAAGGUGAUUCUAGUGCUUUGUCCUUCAAUGCUGGAACGAAAACACUGAAACACUCUAUCAUUGACAACUGGGGUAACAACUAUAUAUCAGCGGUUAGGAUGUCCAUGUUUAAAGGUGGUAAUGAAGUGGCUUACGUAGUUUUUGAUGCCAAUGGAGCUGAUAAGAACAGCUGGUUUGACAAAAGUAGAAUACUAUACAGUUCUUUCACUGACCUCAGUCCAGAUUCUACAACUAACUUCGCUAGUAUUGACGGGGACUCUGGCAUCAAUAGAAGAUUUUUCUUACAACGAAACUAUGGUGGAUGUAGCAACGAUGCUGGAUGGUUUAUAGUUGUGGAAGGCGAUGCAUGUAGCUGGGAGAAACUAAGUGGCACCAAACCUUACUUCUUAUACAGUGAUGCUUCAUCAUAUGAAAAAGAAGAAGAUAUGGAUAUGGCAGAAGUUUUUGCCAUAAGCGUUGAUAUGCAAGAUUGUUUGCCAAACCCCUGUUCCAAUGGUGGUGUGUGUACAGAUGAAGGUCUGACAUUUAGUUGCGACUGUACCGGAGACUGGUUUGGAGACACUUGUUCUGACAAAAAUGGCGGAUUAACUAGCUGGGGAUCAUGGGGAAGUUGUUCAACAACAUGUGGUGCUGGUUCAAUGACAAGAACAAGGUCAUGUACCAAUCCAGCCCCAGUAGGAGCAGGAUCUCAGUGUUCUGGCUCAACGACAGAAACGGGUAGCUGCAACUUAGUAACAUGUCCAAUCGAUGGUAAUUGGGGUCAAUGGGCUCAGUGGAGUGCUUGUUCGACGACAUGUGAAGCAGGGUCAAGGACUCGUUCCAGAGCCUGUAAUAACCCAGCAGCACAACACAACGGUCUUGAUUGUCAAGGAUCAAGUUCGGACAGCGAAUCUUGCACCUUAAUAGCUAACUGUCCAAUUGAUGGUGCAUGGGGAUCAUGGACAUCAUGGGGAACAUGCUCCGUUACAUGCGAAACAGGUACAUGGACAAGAUCAAGGUCAUGUAACAAUCCAGCAGCACAAUACAAUGGGCAAGACUGUUCCGGUGCUUCUUCACAGACAACCAGCUGUACACUGCCUAUGUGCCCAAUUGACGGUGUAUGGGCUAACUGGGGAAGUUGGGGAACAUGUUCCGUAACCUGUGAAACUGGUACAUGGACAAGGUCGAGGACUUGCACAAAUCCAGCCCCUCAAUAUAAUGGUGCAGAUUGUUCAGGCAGUAGCGGGUCAACCGGUACCUGCACGUUGCCAAUGUGUCCAAUUGACGGUGCAUGGACAAGUUGGUCAAACUGGGGAUCAUGUACAGUUUCAUGUGGCGGUGGCAGCCAAGUCAGGACGAGAACGUGUACAAAUCCAGCAGCACAGUAUGGCGGUGCUGAUUGCGCAGGUGUUGGAUCCGCAUCUCAGCAAUGUAACAGUCAAGCCUGCAUAAUUGAUGGGAACUGGUCUGCAUGGGGAGCCUGGGGCAGUUGUUCUGUGACUUGUGGUGGAGGACAGUAUUCUAAGACACGAGCUUGUUCUGACCCAGCUCCGGCUAACGGUGGUCUGGACUGUUCCGGUGACUCCAGUGACUAUGGUUCUUGUAAUUCGGCGGCCUGUCCUACAGCAGCUGCAGGUGUUUACGUACAGCUUUGUCCAGCUGGAUGGUUUACCUGUGAAAAGGGCGGGACAUCUUGUAUUGAUGCAUCCUUUGUAUGCGAUUGUGAGAAUGACUGUGAUGAUGGAAGUGAUGAAACAACUAGCUACUCAGGAUGUGAUCCUUUAAUUCUAGCUGCAUGUCCUAGUGCUGCACCUUCGCAAAUGAUGACCUCCCCUGUCAUACUGCUGUUCUGCCUGGUGACUUCAAUGGCGUUUUUCAUCCUCAGGAAAUAUUAAGGAAAACGAUGAUCGUUUCUUUUAUGUGAACUCAUGAAUUUGUAUGUCUUAUCUAAUGAUAUGUUGAAACAUUUAUAUUUAACUAUAUUAUUUAUU